ACAAAGAUGCUAAAUGCAAAACCAGAAGAUAUUCAUGUUCAGUCAUCACUGUCCAAACUCAGAAGCUCAGAACGCUGGAAUCUCCCUUUACAGGAGUGGAAAAGAACCCUAAGAAAUAAAGUAAUCUCUUUAGACUGUAAAAGUAAAAGAGGUAUCCGUGGACGUCCUGUCACUUCUAAGGCAUCAUCAGAAAGGAUACCCAGAAUUAUAUUGACGAAUGUCCUGAGAACGGAGUUAGGAAGAAAAUAUGUAAAGAUCCAUCCUGUAACUGAGGCCAGUUUGGGUGAUGCAGACAACUUGCAAUCAGAGCAACUUUCUUCAUCAUAUGAUGGCAACCUAGAAUCUUGUCAGAAUCUAAAUCCUCAAAAGAGCUGUUUUUUAUCUGAAAGGGGCUCACAAUCAAGUAAGACAGUAAAUAACAAAUCUGCAAAGCAGGCUGCACAUACUAAAGAACAGAAAAGAGGAGAUGAUGGCAUUUCUCUUGUAAUGUCUAAUACUCAGCCUAAAGAUUUUAGUAGUGGAAGUAGAGGUUGUGAUCAUCUUGAAGAGAGGAACAGAAACAAGGAUGAUACGGAUUCUGAUUCAAAAACGGAACCCAGUUUAAUUUCCAGGAAGACAAAGAAAAGGCCUAUAAGUAAUUUAUCUGAUUCUCAUAUUUCUACUUGUUCACUGGAUAAGUCAACAGAACAUAUAAAGAAACAAGAAAAUGACUCAACAGUAUCUACUGAGUUUGAAAAGUUAAACGAAAACUAUCAUCAGGAUCCAAAAUUUCUUGAAGAAAUUACACCUGAACCUAUAGAAAGUGAUUUCACUAAACCGUCUUUACUUAGUAGUCAGGAAUUGGCUGCGAGUGCUGCGCCAAAGAGCCCCUCUCACUGUGCAGUCACUGGAACAUUUGAGAACUUUGUUUCCAGUGACACUGUGGUAAAUUCUUCCUUGCUUGAAAAAGAUGAGAAAGAAAUUAAUACGGUUGAAAAGCCACUUCUUAGUGGAAACAGUGAAGGAAACCAACUGUUGAUCUCAGCUGAACCAAUUGUUGUUUCCAGUGAUGAAGAAGGACCUGUUGAACAGAAAAGUCCAGAAAUUCUUAAAUUGCAACUUACGCAAGACCAUGAGAUCAUAAAUGAAAAUGAGAGUACUUCUGAAUCAGCAUUAUCAGAACUGCCUUUGAUUACAUGUGAAUCUGUACAGGCCUCAUCUGAAUUAUGUCCAUAUAAUCCUGUCCUGGAAAACAUUUCCUGUAUUAUGCCUAGAAAUGACAUGGAGCUACAACUGGAUUUUAUGUUUACUUCUGUUUAUAUUGGUAAAAUAAAAGGAGCACCUAAAGGUUGCGUUACAUUUACGACAAAGUAUGUUAAGAUUCCAUUUCAAGUGUCCGUCCACGAGGUUUCAUUGCUAGUGGAUACCAUGCAUUUGAAGAGGUUCGGGGUAUGGAAAAAUAAGGAUGAUGACCCCAGUAAAAGGAGUCAUGCUAUCCUUUUCCUCUGGGUUUCUUCAAAUUAUCUUCAAGAGAUUCAGACUCAUUUAGAAAAUUCUGUAUUAAGUCAGCAAUCAAAAUCCAAUGAAUUCAUUUUCCUUGAACUGCACAAUCCUAUUUCACAAAGAGAAGAAUCAAAAUUAAAAGAUAUUAUGUCAGAAAUAAGUACAGCCAGUGGAGAAUUAGAGCUUUCUUGUCCAUUGUCUUGGGUCCAGGCACUUCCUCUCUUUCAGAGCCUCUCUUCAAAAGAGAGUUCUUUUAUUCAUUACUACUGUGCUUCAGCAUGUUCCUUGCCUACUGCUGCUGUUGAAGAAAUGAAGGUGAAAUCAGUAUCUCAGUCCUCAAACGUAAAUGCAGCCAAGCCUACAUACACCUUCCUGCAGAAGCAAACUAGUGGUUGCUUUUCACUUUCCAUUACUUCUAAUCCAGAUGAAGAAUGGCGAGAAGUCAGACACACUGGACCUGUUCAGAAGUUGAUUGUAUAUCCUCCACCACCUACCAAAGGGGGAUUAGGAGUAACUAAUGAAGAUCUAGAGUGCUUAGAAGAAGGAGAGUUUCUUAAUGAUGUAAUCAUUGAUUUCUAUCUUAAGUAUCUUAUACUGGAGAAGGCAUCAGAUAAACUUGUUGAACGAAGUCACAUUUUUAGUAGCUUUUUCUACAAGUGUUUGACAAGAAAGGAAAAUAAUUUAACAGAAGAUAACCCAGAUAUCUCAAUGGCACAGAGAAGACAUAGAAGAGUAAGAACAUGGACUCGUCACAUAAACAUUUUCAAUAAAGAUUACAUCUUUGUACCUGUAAAUGAAUCCUCUCACUGGUAUCUUGCAGUCAUUUGUUUUCCGUGGUUAGAAGAAGCUGUGUAUGAAGAUUUUUCAAAAACAGUUUCCCAGCAGUCCCAGGCUCAGCAAUCCCAAGAGUACAACAAACCAAUAGAUAAUGACCUACAUACUGCUUCAUCACUGUCCUUGGGUGCAGAGGAUUCCCAAAGUACCGAGAUGAAUAUGUCAGUACCAAAGAAAAUUUGUAAAAGACCAUGCAUUCUCAUACUUGACUCCUUGAAAGCUGCUUCUGUACAAAAUACAGUUCAGAAUUUACGAGAGUAUUUAGAGGUAGAGUGGGAAGUUAAAAGAAAAACUCAUCGUGAAUUCAGCAAAACAAACAUGGUGGACCUAUGCCCUAAAGUUCCUAAGCAAGAUAAUAGCAGUGAUUGUGGAGUAUACUUACUGCAAUAUGUGGAAAGCUUCUUAAAGGAUCCCAUUGUUAAUUUUGAACUUCCAAUUCAUUUGGAGAAAUGGUUUCCUCGUCAUGUAAUAAAGACCAAACGAGAAGAUAUUCGAGAGCUCAUUUUGAAACUUCAUUUACAGCAACAGAAGGGCAGCAGUAGCUAA